UAUACACGUGCAUAAUAGAGUCGUUGUUAUGGAAGUGUUUAACAAUCGACCGGGAUUUUGUCCAUCAUGCGGCUCGAUUCUGCCGCCGUUGCAAAUGAAAGGUAACGUUGUUUGCUUUAAUUGCAAGCAGGAGUUUUUGCCCGACGUGUACAUAGGAGAGAAGACCGAAUUUACCAUACAAUUUAACACAUACGACCCCACCAAGAUCUUCAGUAAAGCCAAAAGGGAAUCCAGAACAGCGGAUUCAGAUGGUCCAGUGGUAGAGCGGAAAUGCCCCAAGUGCGGUCACGACAAGAUGUCCUAUGCAACGUUACAGCUGCGUUCUGCCGAUGAAGGCCAAACCGUUUUUUUUACAUGUCUACAGUGCAAAUACAAGGAGUCGGAAAAUUCUUAAAUACUCAAUCCUGGCUGUAAAUUAUUAUUAUUA